AUGCCGCACAGGGUCGCCAGUUUCUUCCGCAACCCCACCAGUUCUUUUGAGAACCAGGUCAUACAUCUCAAAAAAUCCACCAUUCGAAGCAGAACAAAAGACGGCAGUGGUGGUGGUCAUGACCACAAGGAGAAGGACAGCAAGGACAUCCACCACCACCGCCUCUCGUUCCCUGGCAUUCACCUGGGCCGCUCACACAAGGAACAACACACCAACCCACACGCAAGCCUCUCCUGGAGCAUCGAGUCCCCGCCCAUCAUCUUCCAUGGUGACGAAGAAAACAGCACCGGCGCCCUGGUGUCGGGACAGCUGUUCCUUGACAUCAAGGACGAGUCGUACGACAUUGCCUCCUUCAAGGCCACCCUCAACAUUCACGUGACCCAGAAGAAACCUUACACCGUGCACUGCUCCGACUGCGUCAACCAGUACACCCUCGUCAAGGAGUGGAAGUUCCUCCCUAGCCCAGGCCGCACUCUACACAAUGGCGUGCAUCCGUUCCCCUUCUCCGUCCUGCUGGAUGGUCACCUGCCCGCCACCCUGGACUCGCCCCUUGUGAGCAUCGCCUACGAGUUCAAGGCCGAGGCCAUCCCCACCCGCGCCGGGUCGCCGCCCAUCAAGCUCGAGAAGCUGUUCGACGUGAAGCGCUCCCUGCCGCCGCCCGAGCUGCCGCACCACUCGGUGCGAGUCUUCCCGCCCACCAACGUCAAGGCGUCCGUCCACUACCAGCAGGUCAUCCACCCUAUCGGCACCAACACCUUGACCAUGCGCCUGGACGGCAUCGCCAAGAACAACACGGGCACCACCACCGUCGAGUACUGGAAGCUUAAGAAGCUGACCUGGCGCCUCGAGGAGACCCUCAGGACCGUCGCCCCCGCCUGUGACAAGCACAAGCCCGCAGCAGCAGACACCACUGCCGCCGAUCGGCAGAAGCGCGGCAUGUCGAGGACGGAGACACGCGUUAUUGGCGAGAAGACGCUGUUCAGCGGGUGGAAGUCGAGCUAUGCCGGCCCCACGGACUCCAGCGUCGACCUGGAGCUCGAGUACGCCCUCAACAAGCACGCCAAGUACAGCUGCGACCUCAAGUCCCGCGACGGUACCGAGGUAUCGCACCAGCUGAUGCUGGAGAUGGUUGUCUCCCAGGAGUGCGCCCCCACGGGGAAGCCCGGUCUCGUCACCCAGACAGGCGUGGGGAGAAUCCUCAGGAUGCACUUUGGCACCAUCCUCACCGAGCGCGGAGGCAUUGGUAUCUCGUGGGACAACGAGGCCCCGCCCAUCUACCAAGACGUGCCGGCCAGCCCACCCGCCUACUGUGAGGAUCUGGUGUCUGGCAGUCUUGAGGGCAUCCCGGACGUUAUGGAAAGUUUGGACGCUGCACCUGGGCCGAGCGGGACGGGCAUUAUUCAGGUUGAUACCCGCAUGUGCAUCAAAAGCACAUUCAAGAUCAUUUAAUUAGACGGGCUAAGGUCCAUUGAUAACUCGAUCGAGCUAUCCAAUACGAUACGAUGAC